CCACGCUGUGUGGGCGGGUGCUGCGACAAGGCCAGGAAAAAAACCGUCUCGCAUUUCAACCCCGUCGCCAGCCCGCCCUUGCCUUGGUCAACCACCGAUAAAAAGGCUUCGGGCAACCCGGCUCUGCGAUGCGCACCACCGGCUCGAGCUCCUACGGAACAAUGGGCACCCACGAAAGUGACAACCAAGCCGCCCCCUCGGGCGAUGUCGAGUCCAACGUCCAGCGCCGGCUGGAGCCCCGGCAUCUGCAAAUGAUUGCCAUCGGCGGCACCAUCGGAACCGGCCUCUUCCUGGGCUCGGGCGCAACGGUGGCCUAUGCCGGCCCCCUCGGAUCGCUGGUCUCCUAUGUGCUCGUCUCCAUCAUGGUCUUCUUUGUCGUCACCAGUCUGGGCGAGAUGGCUGCCCUGGUUCCCAUCAGCGGCUCGUUCUCGUCCUACGCCGGUCGCUACGUCGACCCGUCGCUGCAGUUCACCCUCGGCUGGAGCUACUGGCUUCAGUGGGCCGUCUCGCUGCCGGCCGAGCUGAGUGCCCUGGGCCUGAUUGUGCAGUUCUGGACACCCAAUAUCCAGGCCUGGAUCUGGUCCGGCGUUGCCUUGGUGCUGCUGCUGGCGAUCAACCUGUUCAGCGUCCGCGGCUUUGGCGAGACCGAGUACUGGCUCUCGGCCAUCAAGAUCGUCACCGUCUGCAUCUUCAUCAUCGUCGGCAUCGUCCUCAAUGCCGGCGGCAUUCCCGGCCAAGCUGCCGUGGGCUUCAGCUACUGGGCUAUCGACGGCGCCCCCUUCAAGGACGGCUUCUCGGGCAUCUUCAAUGUCUUCCUCCUGGCUUUCUUCUCGUUUGGUGGAACGGAGCUGGUCGGCAUCACCGCUGGCGAAAGCAAGAACCCCUCCAAGGCCAUUCCCAGGGCUAUCCGCGGAACCUUCUGGCGAAUCUUGUUGUUCUAUAUCCUCGCCAUCUUUGUCAUCGGCAUCAACAUCCGCAAUGACGACCCCAGCCUCCUCAACUCAAGCAACAACAACGACAUCACCGUCUCGCCCUUCACGCUUGUCUUCCAGCGAACCGGCGCCAGUGCGGCCGCCCACAUCAUGAACGCCGUCAUCUGCACUGCUGUGCUCUCGGCCUCCAACAGCGCCCUCUAUGCCUCCAGCCGAACGCUCUACGCCCUGGCCAAGGAGGGCAAGGCCCCCCGAAUCUUUGCCCAUACCUCGCGCUCGGGUGUUCCCGCCGCCAGUGUCUUGCUUACGGCUGCCUUUGGCGCCAUCAGCUUCCUUGGAACCUUGUGGGGCAACGGCGUUGUCUUUACUUGGCUGAUCAACAUCACGGGAGUCCUUGGAAUCAUUACCUGGGCGUCCAUCAUUCUGGUUCAGUUCCGGUUCCGUGCGGCCUUCAAGGCUCAGGGACGGCCUCUUUCGGAGCUGCCCUACCGCUCGCCGCUCUAUCCCUUUGGCCCCAUCGUUGCCCUGAUCUUGGCUCUUGGCAUCGUCAUUGCCGAAGGAUACCAGGCCGUCACCACGACUCCAUUUGAUGUCAGAAACAUCAUCGCCACCUACAUCGGAGCCCCAUUCUUUAUUCUCUUGUAUGUUCUGCACAAGCUCAUCACCCGCUCCAAGUUCAUUCCGCUCGAGAAAGUCGACUUGGACUCUGAUCGCGUCACCGAGUCGGACGCCGAUGCCGACGAACAGGGCGCCCCCAAGACCAAGUUCCAGCAGUUCUUGGUCAAGUUGUGGAACGCCAUUGCUUAGACGCCUUGUCUGAGCCGUAUCUACCGACAGUCUGGCACCACUCCUUGCCUCCGGGCUGAGCUUCUUCACCACACUACCACCACCACCACCACCACCACCA